UGAUCAAAAUUGGACACAUCUUGAAUAAGGUUAAUAUUUUACCAGACAGGUACAGUAAAUAUUGUGUACUUUUCACUUACAUAAUUUUCCGUGCACUGAAUGGUCUUUGGACAGUAAACUAAAGGGAGAACUUGGGGUUUAAAUAAAAACAGAAAAGCUCAGGGUAAAUCAAACUAUUACAAUAGUAAAACUUUUUGGGGGGAACUUUAGGAACAGACGUUUUUACAUGUAAAGGAUUUGGGCCAAAGAAGGCAUCCUGACAAAAGUGGACAUCUUAAAGGUCACAUUAAAAGCACAAAAAUGAAAAAUUCCUGGACCUGGACUUGUCUCUUCUGGCUUUGUGCAUCAGUGGUUCAGGCAGGAAAGGUGCUUGUUUUCCCUCUCGAUGGGAGCCACUGGGUGAACAUGAAAGUCAUCAUAGAGGAGCUGCAUUCCAGGAACCACCAGGUGACCGUCAUCCGACACACAGACAGCUGGUACAUCAAGGAGAACUCCCCGUUCUAUAGAUCUAUUUCUUUGGACGUUGAGUCUGGAUUUGAUGAACACUCUUUUACUUUAUUGGUAAUUCAAAUGCUAGAAAUGCUAAGGGGGGAAUUUUCUGUCUGGAAGCGUUUUAAGAUGGAAAUAAAACGAGCUAAAAAGACCUCAGAGUACCACAUGAAAGCCCGGAAAAUUAUGGAAGGUAUUUUUGAAAACAAAAAGAUGCUGCAGAUGUUAAAGAACUCCAAGUAUGACCUCAUCCUGACAGAUCCGGCCAUACCAGGAGGGGUUAUUCUUGGUCAUUAUCUCAAGUUGCCUCUUGUUUUUAAUGUCAGAUGGACCACUCAUGGCGAAGGACAUUUCCAAGUCGCACCGUCUCCUUUGUCUUAUGUUCCACUAGCAGGAACUGAGUUUUUUGACAAAAUGAACUUCUUCCAAAGAGUCUUAAAUGUUCUUAUUUUUUGCGUCUUUAAAUACCGCUCUGAGAUAAUUGUUACAACUCAUUAUCAGGAUUUCAUAGAGGAAUACCUCGGCCCUGAUGUCAAAUUACAUUCUAUGUAUCAAGCUGCUGACCUGUGGCUGAUGAGAGUGGACUUUGUGUUUGAGUUCCCUCGCCCCACCAUGCCCAAUGUGGUCUAUAUGGGAGGUUUCCAGUGUAAACCUGCUAAACCACUUCCUGAUCACUUGGAGGAGUUUGUGCAGAGUUCUGGAGAACAUGGAUUCAUCAUCAUGUCACUGGGAACGCUGAUUGCAGAUCUACCUGCUGACUUAGCAGAAGAGAUCGCUGCAGCUUUUGCUGAAUUACCACAGAAAGUCAUCUGGAGACAUAAAGGGAGCAGACCCUCCACUCUGGGAAACAACACUUUACUGGUUGACUGGAUGCCGCAGAACGACCUUUUAGGACACCCCAAGAUUAGGCUGUUUGUAGCUCAUGGUGGCACUAAUGGGAUCUAUGAGGCUAUUUAUCAUGGAGUUCCUCUCGUAGGACUCCCACUGAUUUUUGACCAGAAAGAUAACAUUAUUAGAAUUGAAGAACGAGGAGCAGGAAAGAAGAUAGAUUUUUUUACCAUGAACAAAGACAUAUUCCUGCAGGGCUUGAAGGACGUUCUGAAUGAACCCUCCUACAAGAUGAACAUGCAGAGACUCUCCAGGCUGCACAGAGAUACGCCCAUGAGGCCGCUGGAUACUGCCCUCUUCUGGAUAGAGUUUGUCAUGAGACACAAAGGAGCUGCUCACCUGAGAACAGAGUCCUACAAGCUGCCCUGGUACUCCUACCACUCUGUGGAUGUCAUGGUGUUUCUACUAACAGCUGCUGGGCUUCUGAUGUUCUUCACCUUUGGUUUACUUUGGUUCUGUUUCAGACUGUGUGUAAAAAGAAAGCAGAAAAAUCAGUAAGAAAUGUAUGAAACUAUAAUCUCUGUGAUCUGUUUUGAAAUGCACAUGAUCUGAUGGUAUGUUUGCUUGUACUGUGCUUAAGAGUCCAAUCUUGAAAAGUCUUGUUUGUGUAGGUUGGAGUUUGUUGUGUUCAAUAAAAUGUUGAAUGAUUUUUUUUGAUAACAUAUUUCAAGAGAAAGCAGAGAUCAGUUUGAACUUGUUUAAAGGUGUUAACGGAAUGUAUUUUUAUGACAAAAAAUAAACUCAAGUGCUUAGAAAAGAAAAA